AUGGCAGCGGGAUUCCGCCGACGGCUCACCGCGCUCACCAUCCCCAAGGCAUCGUCCUACCUCCGCCGGACACGGCACAAGAAGCUCUCCUACUCCCGCGCCCGCUCCGCCAGCCUCCCCGGCCGCUUCCACCCGGUCGUCGCUGGCCUGCACGAGUCGGCGAGUGCUCUCCUCGGGUGGACUGAGGCGCCGGCGCAAGCUGGCCCGGAGUGGAUCGGUGACGGGGUCGGCCACCUGGCCCGGCUCUUGGCGGGCUUAACGGAGCUGCUCCACCACCCGCAGGCGCAGGACCCGCUCCGGCCGCCGCGCAAGACGGCGCCCUGGACGGAGCGGCUUCUGGAUGACCUCCUCCUCCUCGCCGACGCACACGGGUGCUUCCGCGAGGCGCUUCUGUCGCUGAAGCAGCUCCUCGCCGAGGCCCACGCCGCGCUCCGCCGCCCGUCCGACUCCGGCGAGGCUGCGCUAGCCGAGGCCGUCGAGGCCGCCACGUGCGCGGCGGCGGCCGCGUCGGCCUCCAUCUUCGCCGGGCUCGCAUCUGCAUCCGCCUCCUCUGCCUCGCGGUCGUUGACGUCCCCGACCGCAGCCUCUCCCGCCAAGGUCGCAGUCGCGCCGGUGUGGUGGGUGGCAGACCUCCUGCGGUGGCGACGGCGCACGGUGUCGAUCGCUGCCUACAGCGAGUCCGGAGCAGGCCCAAAGGAGACGCCUUUGGAUGAAUGCAUCGACGAGGAAGAGGAGGAAAGGAAGGCGGCCAUGGAGCGACUGCUCAGGCUGGAGGAAUGCGUCGUGGCGGCGGAGGAAGGCGUCGAGCAGGUGUACCGGGCGCUCGUGAACGCGAGGGUGUCGCUGCUCAACGUACUGACGCCCUGCUUUUGA